CUUUCUCUCUCUUUCUCUGUCUCUCUUGCUCUCUCUCUCUCUCUGUCUCUCUCUGUCUCUCACACCCCCUCUCUCACACACGCACCCUCACUUUCACUCACUCGCAGGCAGUGAGAACUGAGCACUCUGCGACAAGUAAAGAGCGGCACGUCUGCGGUCCUCCUCCUACAAGAUGAGUUACUCCGGCGACAUGUACUCCAGUAGUUCGUAUCGGAAGAUUUUUGGAGACGCGCCACGGGUCUCGGGGCGUAUCUCAGCGAGCAGUAGCCCGUCUCGUCUUUCGGCCGGGUACCGCUCACAGCACCGCAGCUAUGGGCCAUCGUCCGUGCUGACUUCCAGCUACCGCAGCAAGGUGGGUGCCGGUCGCAGCUACUCGUCCUUUCCCGACACCAGCAUUGACCUGUCGCAAUCCACUGCCGUCACCAACGAGCUGAAAAUCAUCCGCACCAAUGAAAAGGAGCAAUUGCAAGGCCUCAACGACCGCUUCGUCACUUUCAUCGAGAAGGUGCACAAUCUGGAGCAGCAGAACAAGGUGCUCGAAGCGGAGGUUACCUUGCUGCGUCAGCGACACUCCGAGCCCUCUCGCCUGCACGAUCUGUACGAGCAGGAGAUCCGCGAGCUCCGGGCUCGCGUGGAGGAGCUGACCCAUGAGAAGAGCCAGAUGCACUUGGACUGCGUCCAGAUGAACGAGACGCUGGACCGCCUGAAGGAGAAGCUGGAGGAGGAGACACGACUCCGCGAGGAGGCGGAGAACACCCUGAAGGGGUACCGCAAGGACGUGGACGACGCGACUCUCUCGCGACUCGAGCUCGAGAAGAAAGUUGAAUCGCUGCUGGAUGAGAUCGCUUUCCUCAGGAAAGUUCACGAGGAGGAGCUGCAAGAGUUGCAGGCGUCUUUGCAAGCCACACAGAUCCAGGUGGAGAUGGACAUGACCAAGCCGGACCUGUCGGUGGCGCUGAAGGACAUCCGGGCGCAGUACGAGACGCUGUCCGCCAAGAACCAGCAGCAGGCCGAGGAGUGGUACCGCUCCAAGUUCGCCAGCGUCACCGAGGCGGCCGCCCGCAACUCCGACGCCGUCAAGCAGACCAAGGAGGAGCUGAGCGAGUACCGGCGCCAGGUGCAGGCCCGCACCCUGGAGAUCGAGUCCCUCAGGGGCCAGAACGAGGCCCUGGAGCGCCAGCUGGCCGAGAUGGAGGACCGCCACGGCGCGGAGGUCGCGGACCUGCAGGACGCCAUCCAGCAGCUGGAGGGCGCCCUGCGCAGCACUAAGGGGGAGAUGUCUCGCCACCUGCGCGAGUAUCAGGACCUGCUCAACGUCAAGAUGGCUCUGGACAUCGAGAUCGCCGCCUACAGGAAGCUACUGGAGGGGGAGGAGUGUCGUUUGAGCACAGUGGGCGGGGCUAUGCUCCAGGCGGGUUACUCUAGCUAUUCCUAUGCUUCCGGGCGCUCGUACCACCUGAGCGCCAGCUCCCCCUACAGGAGGGCCGGCGCAAAGCCCGAGGAGGCCGAGGAGGGAGACGAGGAGGAAGAGGAGAAGGAAGAAGAGGAAGAAGAGGGAGAAGAAGAAGCAGGAGAGGAGGGAGAAGAGGGAGAUGACCAAGAAGACGGAGAGGAGGACGAAGAGGAUGAGGAAGGCGAGGAGGAGGAAGAGGAGGAGAAGCCACAGAAGAAGAAGGAAGACGAGAAGGACAAGAAGAAGGAGGCUGCUCCCAGCAAGACCAGCAAGAGCUAAACUGCUCACGUCAUCCUUUCUUUCAUCACUUUCAGCAAACCCAUUCACUCAUAUGGGCUCCCUCAUUCCAUCUCUUUCUCUCUCUCUCUCGCACGCACACACAGACACACAGGAACACACACACACACACACA